AUGGAGAGGGUGGUUGGUCAGUGCAUCCUUUGGGGAAUAGCCACACUCGGGAAGGUGGCGAACGUACACUUGGUGGUCACCAAUACCACCCUCGACUCCAGCUUCGUUUUGACCAGGAAUCCUCGGAGAUCUAGCUUCCCAGGUACCAAAGGACCGGGAAGGCGCACUUUGCGCGCGGGAUUCGCGCUUUUGCGCCCGGAAGCUCCAGAGGAUUUGAGUGGGCUUUCCUAUAUUUUAACUGUUCCUCUUUCCCGCUUCACCUUUGAUCACCCUCUGAAGCCAAGGAAUGUGAGACUGCAGUCCACUAAGAGGGGCCUGAAAGUCACGUGGGAACCACCCAAAGAGGCAACCACUAGACCUGUGGAGUAUUACAACAUUGCCUAUGGGAAGUCACUGAAAAAUCUUAGCUACAUCAAGGUGAAUGGUGCUACGCACUCCUUCCUUAUUGAGGAUGUGGAACCUGGGGUAGUGUACUUUGUGCUGGUUACUUCAGAGAACUACAGCGGAGUGAGUCGCCCAGUGUACAGAGCUGAAAGCCUGCUUGGAGGUGAAUGGAUCAAGAUUGAUGGUUUUGCCAUUAAGGGUCCAGAAUCACUUAAUGAGACCAUGACAGAAAAGGAAGUGCCAAACAAACCUUUGCGAGUUCGAGUCCGGUCUUCAGAUGACAAACUCUCUGUUCAGUGGAAAGCACCACGUGCAUCUGGCAUAAAAAGUCCACGUAGGUCCCAAGGUUUUCUCCUGGGCUAUGGAGAAAGUGGCAGGAAGAUGAAUUAUGUUCCUCUAACAAGGGAUGAAAGAGCACAUGAAAUUAAAAAACUAGCCUCUGAGUCGGUGUAUGUGGUCUCCUUGCAGUCUAUGAACUCUCAGGGACAGAGCCAGCCUGUAUAUAGGGCUGCUUUGACAAAGAGAAAAACUGAAGAAGAGGAUGAGCUAGAAGAGGCUGAAGACAUAAGUGUUCGAGUUAUGUCAUCUCAGUCAGUUCUUGUUGCCUGGCUGGAUCCUCUCUUAGAAAAACAGAAGAGGGCAGUUGCAUCUAGGCAGUAUACUGUGCGCUAUCGAGAGAAAGGAGAAUCAGCAAGAUGGGAUUACAAGCAGGUUUCUGCAAGAAGGACUCUGAUCGAGAACUUGAUUCCAGAUACCAUGUAUGAGUUUGCAGUCCGUAUUUCACAAGGUGAAAGAGAUGGCAAAUGGAGCACUUCAGUCUUUCAAAGAACACCAGAAUCUGCUCCUACCACAGCACCUGAAAACUUGGAUGUCCGUCCUGUAAAAGGCAAACAAACAGCUGUCACUGCUUCUUGGGACGCACUUCCAGAGACAGAGGGGAGAGUCAAAGAAUACAUUCUUUCAUACGCCCCGGCUCUCAAACCAUUUGGAGCAAAGUCCCUCACCUAUCCUGGAGAGACUACUUCUGCCAUAGUGGAUGGUCUGCAGCCUGGGGAACGCUAUCUUUUCAAAAUCCGGGCCGCAAACAGGAGAGGACAGGGUCCUCAGUCUAAAGCCUUCAUUGUCGCUAUGCCAACAACUGUCACCAGUGAACCAAAUACUCAUCAGAGAAUGAAUAUAAAAGACAAAUUGGAUCCUAAAAAGCCUGAGCCUUCACAAAAAGUCCCUUCUUCUAAACACAUUCAUUCAUCUCUUUCUCCCAAGGGGAGAGAUGUAAAAACUCCUGAUUUAAAGAAUAAACUUUUGAGUAAUAGUGAGGUCCUCAGUAAACCCCAGCUACCCCUGAAAAAGAAAACCGAAAUAGGCUCUGAUCUCCAGUCAACAGAAGUCACUGAUGAUGACUUAGAUUCCCAACCAACAUCACAGUCUAAGGUCCAAGAUACCAGGAGAAAUGUUCGGCCAUCAUUACCAAAUAGAUCCUUUCAUUCUGUCUUGGGGCCUGGAAGGACUCCAGUGAGAACUCGUAUUCCUACGAUAUCCCAGAAGACAAACAUAGAUUCACAUGAUUCUUCAUCUUCCUCUCAGGAUUCACAGUCUGCUUCCACAUCUCCAUCAUCCUCAUCUUCCCAUGGUUCAAGAAUUCAUAAUUCUCAUUAUCCUUCUUCUAGAGUCACCUCUGUUAACCCAUCUCAUGAAAACAUUAAUAAUGAUCCAGUUGUUGAUGAUGAUGAUAAAAAUGAAAGACACAUUAAAGACCCCCUGCACUCAAAAUACCCUUUGUCUGGGAAGCCAAUUUCUAAAACUGCAGAGCGUUCUCGGUUGACUGUACCAUCAAAUCAAGAAUCUGUCACAAAUCAGGAGAAGAGUCUUAUACAUGGUGAAAGGAAAUCACAUUUGCCUGCUCACACAAAUGCUCCAUCAGAAAAUUGGGAGGAAAAACCAAGUUUUUUAGUGCCAGCAACAAGAACUUCCCAUGGGGGAACUCCAAGGGCACUACCAACCAGAUUUCACUCUGGAUCUCAUCCUCGGGUGCUGAAAAAUGAUCAGGAGGCAAGAGCUAUUAACUCUGCAAUGCCCUCUCAAUCCACAGCCCGUCAUAGUCCCAGCCAUUCACAUCUUUCCUCAAUGAAGCAGACACCUGAUGAAAGGAAUGGCUCAGAUGAUGAUGGCAAUGAAGACUAUGAUGUAGGAGAUAAAAAGAGGCAGACAGAUUCUACUUCUCCUACUUAUCGCUCCAGGUUGGCAGCAGGUCAGCCUAUCUCUGGGAACUUAAAUUUUCCCAAACGUAGGCCAUUUUCUCCCAACAGUCGAUAUCCUAACAGAGUUAUUGGUAGUCAAGGAAUCCGGUCACAACCUUCUAGCUCCUCUCAAUCCACAUCAUCAUCUAGGGUUCAUUCUCAUCACAUUUCUGAUCCUAGAAUUGGUUCAGAUGUUGAUAGAGAUGAGAAAGAAAGGGAAGAAGAUGAUGAAGAAAGACCACUUCCUUCUACUAUUGUAAAUGAUUAUCUGUCUUCUUCUUCUUCUUCUUCUUCAAGGCAGCCCAUUUCAUCCAGUCCAGAUCAUAUGAGAAGAAUCCCCCAGAGAGUAUCAAGUGUCCACCGAAAAAUGCCCCUAACAGAAAAUGCAAAUUCUCCAUUGACUUCUCAAUCAUCCUUAUCUGAAUCACAUUCUCAGGGCAAUUCACCAUCCUUUCCAAUAAACUACAUACACAGGAUGGUCAUCGAAACACAGGAACAGAGGGGGUUCGUGCUAGAGAGGCCCUCUACAAGAUCUCAACACCAGUCAGGAUCCAGUGUACCUACAAGGGUAACGAAUGUUCAGGACUCAAGGUCUGCAGCAGUUUCUUCAGAAAGACAUCCGUCUUCACAUGUUUCUACUUCUAAACAACUUCAUGCCCAUCAGGGUAAGGAAGUGGAAAAUCCAUUAUCAAAAUCAAAACAAUUGCUUUCCAUACCAGGAAAUUCUUAUUCCCCUUCACAAGAUGUCCAUUCCAACUCUCGCCCUUCCUUUAAAACAAGAGCUGGUCAAUCUACCCUUUCUGCUAACUCUAGAGGUCAGCUCUCACCCCAAGUCUCUCGACAGAGCCAUCAGGAAUCAGAAAGUAGAUAUGACGAUAACUUGAAUUACAGCACAGAAUUAGAAGACCAAGAUGUCAGGAUAAAUACACAAUCUACCCGUCACAAAGAUAAAUUAUCUCCUACCUCAUCUCUUUCCAAACAGCAACAAAUAGGGACUCAGUCUGGAAAUGCUGAUGAAAAACCCCAAAGCAGGCACACCUCUUCAUCUUCUUCCAGAAGUUCAAGUUCAUCUUUGCCAGCUGGCAGGUCCAGUAGCUCCAGAGAAACCUAUGCAAAACCCACAUUACCUUUUUUUCAUUCCCGUGCUCGAGUUCCUGGCAGAACAGUAUCCGAGGUGGAGAAAAAGGAUAGUCUAUACCAAUCCACACCAUCAAAAAUAGAGCCUCCUUCUAAAAGUCCUCUGUCAUCUUCACCAAAGUCUCAUCAGUCAGUCUCAAAUGAUGGUGAUGAAGAUGACGAUAGAGAAUAUGCAAGAAGAGACAAAGAGGAAGAUUCUAUUUCUUCUUCAGUUUCAAAGUGGCCUCCUUCCUCUGGUGGUAAAUACAUAAAUAGAAACGUUGAUAAGGAUAAGUCUGUAAGUUCUAGAGUAAGAUCUAAUGAAGAAGAGAACUCUGCUCCUUUAAAACGUCCCAUUUCUCCACCAUUAGGCAGUCCUUCAAGAACCUCACAAAUCCCUAAUGCCCCUUCUAAAUUUCUUCCACGCUCCCGUAAUACCCAGAGUGUCAUCAGCAGUACACCUUUGUAUACUACCACUCAUGCCCCACUUACUUAUUCUUCCACCACACCCAUGCUUUCACUGCGUCAACGAAUGCUAAACUCAAGAUUACGGAACCCACCUUCAAGAUAUCCUGCGAGACCUCCUUACAGACCAGGUAAUAAUGGCAGACCAAAUGUAGAUGGGAAAGUACUUCCGGGUAGUAAUGGACAACUAAGUGGACAGAGAAUUAUCAAUGGCCCUCAAGGAACAAAGUGGGUUGUGGAUCUUGAUCGAGGGUUGGUAUUAAACUCAGAAGGAAGAUACCUUCAGGACUCUCAUGGAAAUCCUCUCCGGGUUAAAAUAGGAGGUGAUGGUAGGACAAUUGUGGAUAUGGGUGGAACCCCAGUGGUGAGUCCUGAUGGACUCCCAUUAUUUGGUCAGGGCAGGCAUGGGAAGCCUUUGGCUAGUGCCCAGGAUAAACCUGUAUUAAGCCUUGGAGGAAAACCAUUGAUGGGUUUGGAGGUUAUCAAAACAACCAAAACACCCACCACUACAUCAACAACUCGUCCUACUACAACUACAACUAUGGCAACUACAACCACCACCACCACCCCUGCUACCACGACUACCACCACCCCUGAGCCAACGACUCCUGAGCCAACCAUUCCAGUCCCAACCUGUCCUCCAGGUACCAUUGAACAGCAGGAUGAUUAUGGUAAUUUAAUCAUGGGAGCAGAUGGUAUGCCUGAAUGCUAUCCUGAAGAAGAUAAUUUCUCUGGGUUGGAGACAGAUACAGCAAUACCCACCGAAGAAGCUUAUGUGGUGUAUGAUGAAGAUUAUGAAUUUGAGACCACAUUGCCUCCUACCACUACCAAGUCCUCAACUACUACAAUGGCUAUUCCAAAGAUCAUCUCACCAGAAGGGUCAAUCAGUUCUUUUCCAGAGGAAGAAUUUGAUCUGGCUGGAAAAAAACGAUUUGUUGCUCCUUAUGUGACCUAUCUAAAUAAAGAUCCACUGGCUCCAUGUUCUUUGACGGAAGCUCUGGACCACUUCCAAGUAGAAAGUUUGGAUGAAAUCAUUCCGAAUGACCUAACAAAGAAUGAAUUACCUCCUCAACAUGCUCCCCGAAACAUCACGGUAGUGGCUGUGGAAGGAUGCCAUUCUUUUGUUAUUGUUGACUGGGACAAAUCCACUCAGGGUGAUGUGGUUACAGGUUAUUUGGUUUAUAGUGCAUCUUAUGAAGACUUCAUUAGGAACAAAUGGUCCACCCAGACUUCAGGGGUUACUCAUUUACCUAUUGAGAACCUCAAACCAAAUACAAGAUAUUAUUUUAAAGUACAAGCAAAAAAUCCCUAUGGUUAUGGACCUAUGAGUCCUUCAGUCUCUUUUGUUACGGAAUCAGACAAUCCACUGCUUGUUGUAAGACCUCCAGGCGGGGAGCCCAUUUGGAUUCCAUUUGCUUUCAAACGUGAUCCUAGCUACACAGAGUGCCAUGGGAGACAAUAUGUGAAGCGCACAUGGUACCGAAAAUUUGUGGGAGUUGUUCUUUGUAAUUCACUAAGGUAUAAGAUCUACCUAAGUGAUAACUUAAAAGAUACUUUCUACAGCAUUGGAGAUAGUUGGGGGAGAGGUGAGGACCAUUGUCAGUUUGUAGAUUCACACUUGGAUGGAAGAACAGGUCCUCAGUCAUAUGUAGAAGCUCUGCCAACUGUUCAAGGUUAUCAUCGCCAGUAUCGUCAAGAGCCUGUAGAAUUUGGCCGAAUUGGUUUUGGAACGCCCUACUAUUAUGUUGGAUGGUAUGAGUGCGGUGUCUCCAUUCCAGGAAAAUGGUAACCCUAUCACCACUGCAAGUCUAGCCCAUACCUCUCAGACCUGUUAAACUACUUUUACCAGGAGACUAUGAGGACUUGGGAAGAAAAUAAAGACAGCAGUAGAGAAACUCCUAAGUCCAGGUGCUCAGAAGACCAAAAUCCUAUGUACUUCUCACACUUAAAUAUGGGAGUCUGCUUCAUUACUUGACCUGGGACUGAAAACAGGAUUUGCGUUUGAUAUUCAAAUUCCACUUUGCUUCUCUGUUGUAUGUGUGUGUUUUUUAAAAGUCAACACAACCCAAAGAAAUAAUAAAUAAGCAACUGAAAUGGAUUGCACUUUUCCUCGGUGAGACUUUCAAACUUUACUAAGCACAAAAUUUGGACGUUUCAUGUAUCUCAAAGGAACGACCUAAGCAUGCUGUGCUUGCUUAAUGGAAUGCUAAAUAAUUUUCCAUUGUUAUUAAUGGAAUUCUCUAUAACUGGCAGAGGUUUAAGCUUCAGAGGUUUUUUUUUUUUAAUUCAGCAAUGUUGAGCUACUAAAAAUACACACUCAAGGCAAUAUAGUCUACAUAAGCCAUGCUCUGUGAGCUUGCCUCACUGCUGGACUAAUGCACCAAAUAACAUUGUAAAUUCACAAGGUAUAUAUGUGUAUGUGUUUGUAUGUUUAUAUAUAUGCAUAUAUAUGUGUAUAUAUAUGUCUGCAAGAAUAUCACAUAGAAUUCUCAUUUUUCAUGUCUUCUAGAUAAAUAUUUCUGAAUUUUUGUGCAAAAGGUGCUGUUUAUUAACAAGUCUUUUAAAAAAUUUCCUUGGAAAAUGUAUUGUGAAAAAUAUAACAACUGUGGAAAGAAUUGUUCCUUUUGCAAACAUGUUAACCAUCACGAAGUCAUCUGCACGAGUAGUGUUUCAAAGAUUCAUCUUAAUUUCUGAUCCCAAACUAAAUGUCUCACUUCAGUUUGUUUUCUUAUUUUUUUCAUUUGUGUUCCCUUGAUAUUUUACUCUUGAAUCUGAGGCUUUUUGUUUCUCUGUGCUACAGCAUGAGUUCUUUUUAAAGAUACAUUAAUAAUUUUUAACUUAAAAAACCCCA